AAAGCGGAGGCGCGGGGCGAGGGGCGCGGGGCGCGCCCUCGGGGGCUUCGGGAGAAGAUCGGGCGGGCCCGGAGGGCGCGAUCCCGGACUGCCUGCGCCGCCGUUGGCGGAGUCGAGCCAGCUGCCUUCCCAGCGAGGAGGAAACAGACCAAGGCGCGCCAUUGCGAGAGACCAGACGGGGAGGUCGCCGGCCAGCCGCUCCUGGAGGACGAUGGAGGCUUUGGUCCGGUGGAGGGGAGGCUAACCUCGGAGGGGAGGGUCCUGCUGCCACCCCCAUGGGAAGGGGCUUGGGCAGAUAGAAGGCCCCUGGGUGGUCCCGGUGCCGUCUGGAGGAAGCCCAGGUCGGCGACCCCUGGACCCAUGAGGUCCAGAGGAUGCCAUGGAGCCGCUGAAAAGUAUGUUCCGGAAGGCCCCGCUGGCGGCCUGGGGGGCAGGCUCGCGGGGAGGGGGCACCCCGGCCUUCGCCAACCCCGUCUGGACGGCCCUCUUCGACUACGAGGCCGCCAGCAGCGAUGAGCUGACCCUGCGCAAAGGUGACUUGGUGGAGGUGCUGUCGUGGGACGCGGCCAUCUCCGGGGACGAAGGCUGGUGGGCCGGCAAGGUCCAUGACCAGGUGGGCAUCUUCCCGUCCAAUUAUGUCUCGCCCAAGACGGGGGGCUACGCGGGGCCCGAGGACCCGCCCGUGGCCCACUUCCGCGACCUGCGGCUGGAGGAAGUGAUCGGGGUGGGCGGCUUCGGCAAGGUGUACCGCGGCAGCUGGCGGGGGCAGUUGGUGGCGGUCAAGGCUGCCCGGCAGGACCCCGACGAGGACAUCAGCACCACGGCCGAGCGGGUGCGGCAGGAGGCCCGGCUCUUUGCCAUGCUACGGCACCCCAACAUCAUUGCCCUCAAGGCGGUCUGUCUCCAGGAGCCCAACCUGUGCUUGGUGAUGGAGUUCGCCGCCGGAGGUCCCCUGAGCCGGAUGCUGGCCGGCCGCAGGAUUCCUCCGCACAUCCUCAUCAACUGGGCCGUCCAAAUAGCGCACGGGAUGCAGUACCUGCACUGCGGCGCGAUCGUGCCCGUCAUCCAUCGCGACCUGAAAUCCAACAACAUCCUGCUGGCUGAAUAUGUGGACGACGGGGACGUGAGCGGGAAGACCCUGAAGAUCACGGAUUUUGGGCUGGCACGCGAGUGGCACAAGACGACGAAGAUGAGUGCGGCUGGCACUUACGCUUGGAUGGCGCCCGAGGUCAUCAAAAGCUCCACCUUCUCCCGGGGCAGCGAUGUCUGGAGCUACGGGGUACUACUUUGGGAACUCCUUACCGGCGAAGUUCCGUACCGGGGCAUUGAUGGACUUGCCGUUGCCUACGGCGUCGCCGUGAACAAGCUGACCCUCCCAAUCCCGUCUACCUGUCCAGAACCCUUCGCACGCCUCAUGGCAGAGUGCUGGGAGCAGGACCCUCACCGGCGUCCCAGUUUUGCAUCCAUUCUGUCCCAGCUGAUGGUGCUGGAGACCCAGGUUCUCCACGACAUGCCACAGGAGUCUUUCCACUCCAUGCAGGACGACUGGAAGGUCGAGAUCCAGGACAUGUUUGAUGAGCUUCGCGCCAAGGAGAAGGAACUGCUGAGCCGCGAGGAAGAGUUGAAGCAGGCGGCCCUGAAGCAGAAAUCCCAGGAAGAGUUCUUGCGUCAACGUGAACACGAGUUGGCUCAGUGGGAACUGGAGGUAUUUGAGCGUGAGCUGAGCCUCCUGAUCCAGCAGAUGAACCGGGAGCGGCCCCACGUGAAGAAGCGCAAGGGGACCUUCAAGAGGAACAAGCUGAAAGGCCGGGACAGCGAACGUAUCAGCAUGCCUCUUGAUUUCAAGCACCGCAUCACAGUGCAGGCUUCACCCAGCUUGGACAAGAGAAAGGACUUCUUUGAAGUGGGCGGAGGAGGCUCCCCUACCUUCACCCGGCUGAGAGCCAUCCAAUUGGAACCGAGUGAGAAUGACCAGAAUUGGGGCUGCCCGUUGCCACGGCGAGGGGACGAGACCUGGAAUGGGCGGACCAAGAGCCCCGGUUCCCCCAAACCGUGGGAGAGCAGUACGCAGAACGGCAGGAGACGGUCGCGGCUGGAAGAAACGACGUGGUACUUGGAGCCAGAUGUGCUGCCUGUUCCUGCACAGCCCCAGGUCCAGCCCAGCCCUAACGGCGACAUCCCUGCCGAUGCCCCCGAAACGGAGGACCCAGCACCGGAACGCCCCAGCGCCCCCCGGCUCAUCCAGCGCGCCCUGCUCCGGGGCACAGCCUUGCUGGCUUCGCUGGGCUUGGGCCGGGAGCUGCCGUCCGCCUCCCACGAGCCCCACCCACCCAGCUCCCCUCCGCCGGAGGCCCCCCCUGCCCUGCAGGUGGAGCUGUGCAAGGAAGACCCCCCCACCGAGCUCCUCGUGGACGUGGCCUCGGGGGGCGACCGGGGGGCCUUGCCGCCCCUGUGGAUCCAAAUGUCGCCCAAGGUCCCGAGACUGACGGAGGGGCGUGGGAACAAGAACCAGAAAUGGGAUGGGGCUUUGCCGUCUCCCUCCUCCCCUCGCAGUCCCCGGUCGCCUCGCCCGUCCAGCCUCAUCUCCCGGCCACGGCCGUCUCCGGUCCGCAGCCGGAUCGACCCCUGGAGCUUCGUGUCGUCGGGAGCCCGCGCCUCGCCCGUUCAGUCUCCCCGCCUGGGACCACGCCAGCUCAAGCCGCUGGGCCCCCAGGGCACCAAUCCUUUCGGGGCGCCCAAUCCUGACCCCUUUGCCUGUGGGGACUUCUCGGCCCUGAAGGAGCCGACGACGACGACGACCGCGCCUUCCGGCCCGUUUGCUGUCGCGUCCGGGCUGGCUCCUCCCGGCCGGCUCAGCCGUUCUCCAUCGCCUGGUUGGACCUCUGGACCCCUCCCGGCUAAAGAACAGCCCCCGGCCCAGCCCUGGUGGUCGGCCCCUGCGGCCCCUCAAGGAAGGGCGACCCCCAAAUGAAAGGGACCUUUCUUCUGCAGGAAGUGGGCGCCUCGAACUCAAACCUCACGCUCAACAGCGAUUGGACAUGAGGCUGCAAAGUCCGGUUUGUUCUCUCUCAGCCAGUUUCUUCAAGGAUGUGAAGCCAUAUUUUUUCUCUACAGCGUUGAGUGUCCCUGGGGGAAGUGAUGAAGGGUCUGUAUGUAUUGGGCAGGGUGGGGUGAAGGAGGUAGCAGGGUGUGGGCGUUUCUCGUGCCCCUCCAUGUCGUGAACACUAACUGGUCAGACCCACUGGCAAUUCACCUUUCUCUCUCUGGCUCCUCCAUGUUUGUAGGGGCAGGUUGUGGGGAGAGGGUUCCCAAAUUGGCAGCUAUUUUCAUUCUUUCUUUAUGUCCCAUUUGCAUCCUGGCUCCGUUUGCAUCCUGGCUCCGUUUGCAUCCUGGCUCCUUUGCCAACUCCAUUCACCAUGACUGUGCCUUGGUGUCUCCCCCCCCCACUGAAUUGCAGGGUGGGUGUAGACACCUCCAGACAGACCAGGACAAUACACUCCCCCCCCCCCAUACCCCACAUGGUCCUUUUCGGGAUUCCUCCUUGCCAGGCCAAGCACUGCUCCAGCAAACACAUAGCUCCCCUUUCGCCCAGGAGGAAAGACUGCCGUAGCCAGAUGUGUUGGGACCACCACGCAGAUCGGCAACCUGGUGCCCUCCAGAUGUUUUAAAUUACGAUUUCCAACUCCUGGCCAUUGGCCAUGACAGCUGGGGCUAAUGGGAGAUGUAAUCCAUCUGGAAGACACCAGGUAACGAUGCUUUCUGCUGUUCACGAGCCCGUCACGUCGCACGAGGGGCGGAGGGUGGAAAUGUGAGACGAGGGAGAGGUUGGAAACAGGGGGAGGGCAUUUUGACGUCCCGCCUGUAUGCUGGUCUUUUUGACAAGGAAGAGGGAAGCAGCGAACGUCUACACGGGGUCCCCGCUUGCGCCGAAGCCGCGCCACUCCCGGCUGGGUCCCGCCUGCAUCCGCUCGCACUUUGCACGUGCAAUUCUACUGUGUCCACUCACCCCUACUUGAAAGCCACAUGUGCGCCAGGCUCCCUGCCACUCUGCAAGGGCAAGGGAGCCCCGUGUGUCCAGCCCGGCCCCUGCGAGGGGCGGGCCAAGCCUGUGAAACGAGACCAAAUAAACCUCCACUUGCUGCC